AUGGACUGCAGUACUUACGCUGUCACAGAGCUGGACACCUUGGAGGUUCCUCCUCUCACCCCAACUAGUAAGGAGGUCCUCAGCCAGGCGGUGAGGGCCAGUUUCUCUGGCUUCACACAGGAGAGGGUCAGUCAGCACUUUCCACAAGAUCCUACCUUGUGGUCUGAGUGGGAGGUGAACCACUGGCUGGAAUGGUGUCAGACUGAGUUUGGUCUUCACUGCCUGGGUUCAGACCUGAAGGGCCUGCAGGGUAGUGAGCUGUGUGGCCUGAACCGAGAGGCUUUCCUGGGCCUGAUGUCUGACUGCACUGCUGGAGAGAUCCUGUGGGAACAUCUGGAGAUCAUGAGAAGAGAGAACCACUCAGACUAUGUUCAGGAGCAUUCAGUCAAGCAUGGCUACCAUGUUCAGUAUCAUCCCACUGAGAGGACAGACCUCCAUACUCUGGAACCUGUGACUCUACAACAUCAAGACUACUAUCUAGUCAAAACAGAAGACCCCAGCAGGAACAUGGCCUCCGUCCCUCUGCUGCAGGAAGCAGGAGGAAAUGGAGAGACAGACUCAGAAGUGGAGAUGUCUCACAGUGACGAUUCCGACAUUGUGAGCUCUAAAUCGUGGACUGGUCCACUCCAUCAUAUAGAGCCAGUGAUGGAAGAGACCAUGUCACUGGAUGUUUUCACUUUACCACAACCACACAGAAGCUUCAAAGAAUAUGUAGGAAACAAGACAGACCUAAGCAGAGCUGUGAUACCAGCAGCCAUCCUCGCCGGUUACACUGGAAGUGGUCCCAUUCAGCUGUGGCAGUUUCUACUGGAGCUCCUGACAGAUCGCAGCUGUCAGUCAUUUAUAAGCUGGACAGGAGAUGGGUGGGAGUUCAAGCUGACGGACCCUGAUGAGGUAGCCCUGCUGUGGGGUCAGAGAAAGAACAAACCCAAGAUGAACUAUGAGAAGCUGAGCCGCGGUCUGCGCUACUACUACGACAAGAACAUCAUCCGCAAGACAGCUGGCAAACGCUACGUCUACCGUUUUGUCUGCAACCUGCAAGGCCUGCUGGGAUAUGAGCCCAGGGAGCUGCAUGCCAUGUUGGACAUCAGUAAUAAGAGCCACUAACUGUCACAUCUUGCCUGGACUUUGGGUUUUUUGGUCUUAUGUUGUGUUCCGUGGGGUCUCCUGGUUUUGCACGUCUGUUCAGUCCCUCGGUUCAUAAGGGUUUUCUUGUGUGAUUUGGGUGGUGGGUUUUAGAGGACUGCGGCACUGGUUUGUUU